AUGCCGUCAUCAUCCGUUCCCGCUUCUGCUGCCUACACACCCUCCGCCGCACAUUGGUCCCCAGCAGACCCUUCGCAAAGUCCCGUCGCAGCACUCAAUGUAUGCGCAAGCCUAGGAUCGGAAUUGCAGAAAUUACAACACACAGAGCCGGAGCUGUACGACUCGUAUAUGGCGGGUGCUAUCAAGGAUGCGCCGCAGAAGCCGGUACCGACUGCGGUGCUGAUGAACAGUCAUGAGGAGGCACAGUCAACGUCAAGUCCGCAUAGGAGAAUUGUGUGUCAUGCGGAAUCGAUAUUGUCUACGCCAGAGUUCCAUAGCUCGUUCAUUGGCCUGUGGGCGCUGCAGAUGAUUGUUGUGCCAGUAUCCGAGAAGAGCAGCCUGCGCUUGACGGGUGCAGAAAGGCGUCUCCUAGCCAUACCCACUGGUCCCCAAGAAGCAGAUUCAGUGUUCAGCCCAGGCGCAGAGAAGAAGCUACGAGCGUACGAGACGACACGAUACUUUGUCACGCAGGCAUCGAGUGGACGGAGAGAGUUCAUUGCGUAUGACGAUGAUAGUGAUGAUGAGGCGAACAGGCCUGUGAUGUAG